AUGGGUCUAUCAUCUAUCUUUGGCGGAGGGGCACCAUCUCAACAAAAGGAAGCGUCUACAAAUGCUAGGACUGCGUCAAACCCUAUAGCUAAGGAACUAAAGAACCAAAUUUCUCAAGAACUGGCUGUGGCUAAUGCGACUGAAUUGGUAAACAAAAUUUCUGAAAACUGUUUUGAAAAAUGCCUAAAUUCUCCUUAUAGUUCCCGGAAUGACGCAUGUAUUGACCAGUGCUUAGCAAAAUAUAUGAGAAGUUGGAAUGUCAUAUCAAAGGCUUACAUCUCUAGAAUCCAAAACGCCUCUGCUUCUGGCGAGAUUUGA